AUGGACGCGCUUGCUGAAAUUUGGUCUCGUUCUGGACAAAGGUCUGAGGAUCUCUACAAAGGCACAACCGACGAGAUCAUCAAAGAGCUCAAAGCCUGGAUUGUAGCUCGCAAUGUCAGGAACGAAACUAACAUGAGACUACUCUGGGACUUUUUUGAUACCAACGACGCCAUCUCCGGCCUUCAAAACCAGUCUGAAUAUCUCGAUGAUCUCCGUAUCGCCGCUUUCAAAGCCAAACACGUAAAAAGUGUAGAACGUGUCAAGGAGUUCAAAGAAGAGAGGGACAAACUAACCCUGCGCGCAUCAUACCUACUUUCAACAUUGAGCCAUCGAGGACUCAAGUGGACGGGGAUGCCCUGUACCCCGGCAUGGACUGAAAUGGACUCAGAGGUCUGUGCAUUUUUAAAAACAAAAGAUCGAAGAUUCGAUGCCGAGAAACAGCUGGAGAUUUUGGAAAUGGAACAUGAAAUUGCCGAAUGGCGGCUGGAGCACGCAAGGAGAGAGGCAGUGGAGGCAGCUCGCCUGGUUGGAGUAGGCAAUACCAACGAUCAGAAUGCAACUCCUCGAGCGCACCGCGUUGCCCUGGUCGGUUCUGGAGGUCAAGAAGACGGCCCGAGAGCCCCUGCAAGCUAUAGUCUUCCGGCUCUUGUCGAUGUUACCGGCCUCCUUCCGCGUCCGCGUCCACGCGCCGAGGACAAUUCUGAGAAUCCUCUCUUACCUGGUCCCAUGGAUACUAUCGAAGAAGAGCUCAACGAAGAGGAGACGGCCGAGGCCAUCGCUCGGGAAAUUGACAACAUGGAAACCACCGAGGAACCAGCUAAGGUCGGAAAGAAGUCAAAGGCUAAGAUAAGGGAUGCGCGGAGAAAGAAGGCGAGAGUCCGAGCGAUGGAGACUGCUAAAGCAGAGAGAGCCUCGAAGGAUGAUGUCGUGGACAAGGAACUGAGUGACCAAAUGUCGAAAGCGUCUGUGUCGAGUCCUAAAAAUUGUGAUGAUUGA